AUUGGCUGGAAAGUUUUAUGGCUCAGUUGUGGGUUUAUACAAGGAAGUGAAAAUAUGUUGUGUGCUUUCUACAAGUUAAGACUGGACUUUGGUUUUACUUCUAUUUUCUUUUACAACAAGGUGAGGAAGCUGGCACAGUAACAGACUCUUACAGCAAAGAAGAAGCAUUAACCCCUCUGUACAGUUUGGAGUAGCUAUUUUUUCUUAACAGGGGAAUAAACUCCUACAGGAUCAGGACUAAAGGACUUUGCUGGACUCUCUCUAUCUUGUCCACCUGCGUCGUCGUGCUGUUUCCAGUUAAAUAUAUCUUUUCAUGGGGGAGAAUCUCCCAAGGGCGCCAGGAGGACCUCAGGCUCCGCAGUGACACUUCACGUAGACCGGUGCAGACCCUCAGGGUUAAGAUGGUACUUCUGGGAAGUUCUGGUGUGGGAAAGUCAAGUUUGGCGCUGCGAUUUGGCAAAGAUGAGUUCAGGAGUACAACACCUACUGUAGGCUGUGCCUACCUUACCCGGGUGGUGCAUCUGAGUGACGUUACUCUUCGCUUUGAGAUAUGGGACACGGCAGGGCAAGAAAAAUACCACAGUGUCACUCCGCUUUACUACAGGGGAGCCCAUGCUGCACUCUUGGUCUAUGAUAUCAGCAAAAGGGAAACAUUUAUCAGAGCUCAAGUGUGGCUCAAAGAGCUUGAGAAACAGUACACCCCAGGAUCUACUGUCAUGUGGCUGGUGGGCAACAAGGGAGAUCUCGCUCAGGAUAGGCAAGUCUCAGUGCAGGAAGGACAGGCUCUGGCCAAUGACAGGGAUUUAUCCUUUACAGAGACAUCAGCCCUGGCAGGGGAUCAAGUUAGUGAGUUGCUGCUAGCUAUAGCCCACAGAGUGUACAAGUGUAUUGGAGCACAGCAGGGACGUCUGUCAGAGUGGCGGGAGGCACCACUUGUUGAUCUGCACCAUAGAGACACAUUCACUCCUUUUGCAUCCUGCUGCAAAGUCGGGCCCUAACCUCUGUGACUGUCGGUCCUAUUACUGCCUGUCUCAUUUCUCUGUUUGUCUUAGUAAUUUUAAAGCUGUGCCAGGUAACACUUUGGUCAGCUGUGGCCAUCUGCCUUUUUUUUAAAUAUUACACAUCACUGUAUUUAUCCUGUACUGUACAUUUUGGUGAAAAGAUUAAUCACAUUUCAGGUUGUUUUACUCCACAUUAAUUGAGGCUUUAAGUUAUUAUGCUAAGGGUUAUACCCUACAUGUAUUGUAGACUGUACCCUAUAAAUCCUGUCAGUCUCUGUCCAUGCCAGAUACUGAAAUGACACCAAUUACCCCCAUGCAGUGUAUCUACAAAAGUAUUUUUUACUGUAUUUAACUGUCUAAAUUUUGCAUGGAUUUUCACUGUGCAACAAUAGACAGACAGGAUUUCAUUUUAACCUGAGUGGGUGGGUACUGUAAGUACCAAAAAAAAAGCUUAACCUGCAAAAUACUAUGGCUCGAAAAAAAAAAAAAGAAAAAAAAGAGAUACAACACGUUAAAAAGCACACAAUUAAUGUCUCCAUUUUUAAUGUGCUGCACCAGUUCUUCUGUAUAUGCUCCAUAGACCAGGAAGUGUUGCUGUUGUGUGCUUUGUUACGUGUGCUUAAAUGUAUUUUUUUUUUUCUCUGGCAUAAAGAUGUGUAAAUCUGCUGUAGAUAAAACUAAUUUUGCAUGAUAAGAAAAAUCAUAAAUAACACAUUUGUCCUCCUGAAGCUCCCAUACUAAGAGAUUUUUCUCAGUCACUUGCUCUUGGCAGAAUAUCCUCUCAUGUUUUCAUUUUUCUGUGCAGUAUGGCUCCAAGCGUGGCACUUUUUACUUACUUAGUGACUUAAAACAUGUCUGAAAUCUUAGAUGAUAAAUUGUCAUUGAAAAGGGCCUUUAUUGCACUGAUUGGAACCAAGCUUCUGUGGGGCCAGGGGGGCUGCUGGUCCUUGUUUGGAUCAAAUGCCUCACAGAAACAAAGGCACUCCUCUUGCCUCAUGAGAAGAUGAAAUGCAGUAAGAAUAAAAUAGAGAUGGUUUGGUUGUUAUUAUGAGUAUAUAAAUCUUGAGAAAAUAAAAACUCGUAGUUCUGCAGUCUCAGAUUUUGCGGAUGUUGUGUAAACCUCUUGAAUGCGCUCAAUCAAAGCUAUGAAUAGAAUUAAAAUAAAAACAAUAAAGAACUGGA